UCCCACAUCAUCUCGACUCGACUAACCCACGAACCAUCCUCACAGAGCCAUCGCGAUUGAGAUUAGUCCCCCACCAGGUACCACACUGGGUGACCAUAGCCGGGCCGUGUGGGCGACAGGAAUUAGAAUCUGUGGAUAAACGGAGUAUCCUCACCAUCCACUCCUGCCAGCGUACAUUGGAAUGUCCCUCUCACGGGUGUUUGAGUGCAGUGUCCCGGGCUGCGGCAGGCGCUUCACCAGAAAGGAACACCUGACGCGCCAUAUCAAGUGUCAUGGCGCCCAGCCGCAGCAUCAAUGCCCAAUUUGCGGGCGCCGCUACAUGAGGAGCGAUGUUCUGAAGCGGCACAUCGACUUCCAUCCACAGCAAUCCAGGCGGACCAAGGCUGCCUGUGUCUCGUGCCACAGGCAGAAGCGCAAAUGCGGCGGGGACGCUCCCUGCCAGCCCUGUCUCUCCAAUGGCAUUGCCUGCGUCCGCCCAGCUACGAGCGCAGGUUCGAAUGCAGGUGGUACACCGACGACAGGCGACACCAACUACGGCGAAGACAUGCUGGGCUCGGCGUGGUCUGAGGGACAGCAUCACUGGCCGCUCUCUGCUUCAUCAUUGCCGCCUGAUCCCGUGUCGCGUCUCCAGUCACCUUCCCAGGCUCUGGCCGAGUGGACUCUCCUCGCCGACACGCCGACCCCGCCCUCCCCUGCCCCCAGGACAUUGCCGGGAGAGGCAUCAACAAUAGCUGCGGAUGAGGAGACCCCUCUCUCGCCAACAAGAGAAGGCGCCUACUCAAACCAGGCCCUUCACGCCCUGGUCCGCCAAGAUGUGCCAAACAGUCGUCAUCUCGUCCAGAUAUACUUCGCCGAAAUCCAUCCGUACUGGCCGAUUCUGCAUGUUCCCACGUUCGAGCUGGAGAAUGCGUCCGACUUGCUUCUCGGAGCCAUGCUUAUGCUUUCCCGCUGGAUCGCGGGGAGGGAGGAUCACGUCCAGAUGGCCUCUGUAGUAUUGGAGGAGGUCAUUGCUGCCACUUCACUCGAUUCAACCCCGUCGCUCCACACCUUGCAGGCCCUGUUGUUGUGCGUCAUAUAUGCCAUCUGCUGCCGAGGUGAGCGAGGCAUGCUGGCGCGCGCGGUCCGUCUCAACACCAUUCUCGUCUCGACCUGCCGCUGCCUGGAAGUCUUCCAUGGCCGUCACACCCUCCCCGAGCGCUUGGAGGAAUGUGCAUUCACCUUCUGGCUUGCCGAGGAGCAGCUCCAUCGGCUCGCAUUCUCGGUGCUCCGCAUCGACACGUACCUCAGCGUCCUACUCGACCACCCGCCCUCGGUACGCUACCAAGAGUUCUGCAUCCCACUGCCAAAGUCGUCGCAACUGUGGGCGUCUCCGAGCGACGAAGAGCGGCGCAGGUUGCAGUGGGACGAGCCCGCGGGGCGAGGAAGAGCCCUGUUCGGCUACCUCAUGCGCGACGCUCUCGCCGACACGGGCAGUGACGCCGCUUCCGAGCUGUCCCAGCUGCUUCCCUACCGCCUCAACCGCAUGGACUACCACCUCGGUCUGUGCGCGCUGCAGACCGGGGUGUGGGAGGCCGCGCGCGAGGCGCACAGCGCCGCGUCCGACGACAUCGUCACCAAGUUGUUACCCGGCGCGCCCAUCGACCUCUGGCGCGCCCACUUGAGGCGAUGGUGCACCAAGAUGGUCCAGGACGGCGGGCACCCGAAUGACUGGAACUUGACAACAACAACAGCAACAACAACAGCAGCCUCCUCAAGCCAAGCAAUAAUCACCGGCGCUUCUGACAUGGACUCGGCCUUCACGCCCCUGACCCUCACCCUGUGGCACAUGUCCGUCAUCAAGAUGCACGCCCCGCUGAUCGUUCUCCGUGGCAUCAUCUACGGCCACUUUGCUCACCACCACGGCACCAACGCCGCCGCCGCCGCCGCCAUGACAGCCACUCAGAAGCCGAGAGCACGCCUGCGAAAGUGGAUGCCGUCGCCGUGUGCCCGUACCGCCGUGUACAGUGCCUCGCAGAUUGCACGCCUCCUUCGUUUUGCCAGUGGUGCUACAGCAGAAGCAGAAGCACAUGCGGUCAACAAUCAAUUAUUUCCGCCACUUGCACACGAAUUCACAUCCACAUCCACAUCCAGUACAUGUAGCCUGAGACAUCUCCUCCUCUCCAACCCGCUCGCCAUCCCGGGGCUUCUGGUGAGCGCCAUUGUCGUCUGCUCGUACGCUUCCCAGACGAGCGCCUGCCCGGACUGUCUGCCUGCCAGUGGUGGUUCCGAUCCUGCUGCUGCUGCGGUUGGUGCGGCUGCUCAGGCGGCGGCGGUUGAUCUCUUCACGGCGGGGAUCAACGAUGCGGACUUGACGAGGUGGACGGAGCGCGGGGAGGGCUGGGCCGUCUGGGGCGGUGGGCAGAGCGAGAGGGCUAGGAUUCCAAUUUGUCGGUGCCGUCUGACUGAGCUGGGGGUGUGGUUCAAGCGGGCUCUGCCUCAUGGGGAUUAUGACGCGUUGAGGGAACUGGAGGUGUUUUUGGGGGGGCUUAAUGCGUAAGUAGUAUUUUACCUGGGAGAAUAUAGGAAAACCUUCAUCAAACAUGGC